UUUUGGAGAAAAAGCUUUUGAGAAAUUCGGAAAGUAUUUCAUCUCAAUGCAUUUCCCCGAUCAACACCCGGGCACACACAAGAAGAUGCUCUUGUUCAAGUUUGCCCUCGCAAAUGCCAAUAACAUGGAUGAAAUGGUUCAAUUGGUGGCUCUUGUACCUCAUUAUAUCGACUUGAUUGGGCGAUACAGACUCAGUUCUCAGGCUCGAUCCAAAACAGAAGGAACCAGAGUAAAGGCUGCUCAAGAGGCAUAUAAAGAACUUCAAAAUGUCAGGCAAGAAGCUUUGCAGAAAAAGAAGGCAGAGAAGAAAAAGAUGAUGGAGGAGGCCGAGGCAAAGCUUGGUGCAGAGGCUAUUCGCAAUAAAGGAAGCAAAAGAGGGCGCUCGGCAGAUGAAGAAGGGAAUGCCAAAAGUAAAGAUGACCCGUGCCCACUAAUUCCUUGAUUUCACUGGACAAGUAUCUUCUGAUAUUUUACUCGAGUUUCCCUUCCAAAAUUUUUGGUUCUGUACCCUAAUCGCCAUGUACUUCUAGUCCCCGGCAACUCCACAUAGUUUUGGAUUUUAAAUAUACCAAAAUUCAAUGUUGCAGAAACUAUUUUUGAAGCUGCUGUUGGCUUCAUUUUUACAUCUGGGUGAAACUUCCACAGUAGGUUAUGGCAUCACUGACGUUUGUGUCCACAACAAGAUAUCAGUUCUGGACAGCAUUGAUUUUUUUCACUGCUCUGGCAGUUUGUU